AUGCACGUCGAAAACAAGGUCGCCAUCAUCACCGGAGCCUCCUCCGGUCUCGGCAAGGCCCUCGCUGAGCGUCUCGUCAGCAAGGGUGCCAAGGUCAUCCUUGGAGACAUUGACCUCAAGGACGGUCUCCGUCUCGCCAACGAGCUGAACUAUGGCAAGAGGGAAGAGGUCGCAUACUUUGUCCAAUGCGACGUAACAAAAUACGACCAACAAGCAGCCCUCUUCACCGCCGCCCAAACCCACUUUGGCCGUGUCGACAUUAUCGCCAAUAACGCCGGCAUCGCCGAAAACGCCCCACUCUGGGAGGACGAGAAGGGUAUCUGGAAGAAGGUCAUUGAUAUUGAUCUUUCGGCAGUUGUUGAAGGCACCCGGUUGGGGAUUGAGGCUUUGAAGAAGCAAGGUGGGGAGGGAGGAGUUAUUAUUAACACGGCUUCGCUUGCAGGUUUGUACCCUCAACCCAGGACGCCUGUUUAUUCGGCGGCCAAGUUUGGUGUUGUGGGCUUUACGCGGUCGUUUAAGGAUUUCGGAGAUAACAUCCGUAUCAACGCCGUUGCUCCCAGCUUCGCGCCAACAAAGAUCAUCGAGCCAAUCAAGGAGGCCGUCACCAAGAUGGGCGCCCUGGUCACGAUCGAGAUGGUCACCGAUGCCUUUAUGCUGUUGAUCGAGGACGACUCUUACAGCGGCGACAUUGCCCGUGUUACUCCCCAGUACGGGAUCUCGGUCCUCGGCAGAACCGUCGCCGCCGCCGACAAGAAGAAGAAGUCCAAGCUGUAA